AUGACUCGUAUUCGACCGGCGGGAAGUAGGCCGAGUCGUUUUGAUAAGUUUGUUGGUGAACGGCAACAAUCGAGUGUCAAGGAGGAGGACUUGGAUGAGUUAGAUUCAGUGUCAGAUAACGAUAGGGAAAAUAUCUCGAGAGGAUUGCGUGAUACUUCUAGUAGCACCGAGAUGGCCACGUCAAACUUGGUACCCUCAGCUGCUAGAGCUUCUGGCGGAUUACCCAAGAGAGCUUUCACUCAACGACAGGCUGCUGACUCAGCAAAGAGGCAAGCUAGUACAUCCGGAUCCAGGGAUGUUCCGAUUCACGGACCUGUAACUAUGGUCCAUGCGGACCAUAGUUAUAACCAAUUGGAGUUUGCCACUGUACUACUCAGGUUGACUCGGUCACCCUUUUCGCCUAUGGGGGAAGCAUCCUUAAAAUGGCUUACAUUAAAGACAUUAUUUCUGUUGGUUGUGGCAUCUGCUGCACGAGCAAGUGAGUUACAUGCAUUAUCAGUGGAACAAGAUCAUAUCCGUUGGGAGCAGGCAGGGGACGGAAAUCAAAAAGAGGCAUCAAAAGACUCCAUUGCACGAUGGAUUGUGUCGGUGGUGAAAUUUUGGUAUGAGUCAGCAAAUGAGGAGGGUGUUCGUCUGGCCAGGGCUCAUGAUACUCGCCGUCUGGCCACGUCCCGGGCACUCUUUUCUAAGGUGCCCAUCUCAGAAAUUGUGAAGGCAGCGCAUUGGGCGAAGGAAACCACCUUCACCUCUUUCUACUUGAAAGACAUUUGGAAACCGGAAGGCCAGUUUGCCAGGACAGUCAUAUUGCAUAACAACUCAUACUUACCUGGUACAGGGGAUACCAUGAACGACUCUGAUACCAGCAUGGAUUUCAUUGAUGUUGAUGUGUUGAAGAAGUCAGUUAGAAUGUUUGUCACCGGUCCCAGGAAACACAGCGUCACUAGGUUUGAAAUAGUGAAGUGUCUACUAGCAUCAGGGCUCCCGGGUGAAGAGAUAGUUUCUGUUUUCCGGUGUGAGGCUCCAAACACUUGGUUUGUUACCUUGCGGUCAGAGGUUCAUGUUGAUCGUGUUGUAGAGAAGGGUCCGAUGAAAGAGACAUACUUUUCUUUAGUCCCGGAACGGUGUGACCAACGUCGUUUGUCCAUCCGUGUGCAAUGGCUGCCAUCCUGGAUAUCCGAUGACGCCAUUGCGGAACAUUUUGACGGACAUUAUGGAAAAGUAGUCCAUGUUUCCAGAGAAACCACGACCAUUGGAGAAGUAAGACUGGAGACCGGAACCCGUGUCCUUACCCUUGUUAUUAGGGAAGGCGAUCAGGAUUUGAUCCCAUACAGAAGUAGAAUGUUCGGGAAGGUGGCCUUGAUUAUUGUUCCUGGGCGUCCUCCUAUCUGUCUUCGCUGCCAGCAAGUUGGACACGUUCGUUCGCAGUGUCCAGGACGACCUGAACAGACAACUCGUAUGUCCUAUGCUGCCAAAGUCUCCCAGUCCACCGCUGCUGUACCGGAGAUGACCUUGCCGAGUGCUGCCGCAGAUUCCCCUCCAGCACCGGAGGAGGUCGUGUCAACGGAACCUCCGCAACGGCCAACGCAGGAUACUGCGAGCCCCUCGUCCGGAGGGAGCAGUGUUAACAACGCCCAAUCCACCAAGAGGUCAGGUCCUGAAGUUGACGAGGAGGGAUUCCAGAAGGCUUCAAAGAAGGGCAGGCAUUCCGCUUUCUCCCCUAUGGUUCUGUCCAAUGGUGACUUAGUCCCGGGACAGAAGCUUCCAGAAUCUACAAUGGAUUAUCUCGAGGACAACCAGUCAGAAGAGAGCGAGGGUGAACUGGUAAUCGACGAGGGUCACCCUGGUUCGUGA